GCUUUCACUCUCAUCCGACUGUCCCUGAUAUACGGACGACCUACCUGCUGAGGACACGAGGCGUUGCUUGAGCCCUUCCCCUCUGUUACAUAAAACCAUAUCAACUUGAUGCUGUGAGCUAUCUUAGUGGCAACUCCACCCUACUAGAACUACGUCCCCUUUGCGAUAUGCCUUCCGCCGUGCUCUCAACACCUCCUCGUAGUGGCAUCACCAGGCUGACCAACUGCCGCCUGCUUCGUGGUGAUGCCCUCGUCUCGGACGACAUUUGGCUCAACUCCGCGACGGGUAAGAUCAUCAGCAGUCAGGAGGCUUUCUAUGAUGAGCACGCCUUCCCCGAUGAGAGUAUCGACCUCGGCGGCCGUAUUGUGUCGCCGGGUUUCAUUGAUUGUCAGUUGAAUGGCGCAUUCGGCUUCAACUUCUCUACCGCUACCGACGACAUGGAGCAGUACAACAAGCAAGUCCGCAGGUUAAACAAGCAGCUCGCGCAGACGGGCGUCACAUCCUACAUCCCGACUGUAACGAGUCAAACGAGCGAGCUUUACCAGAAAGUCCUCCCUUACCUGGGUCCCUCAGGCUCCGCGCGCUUCGCCUCGGACGGCGCCGAGUCGCUCGGGGCGCACGUCGAAGGGCCUUUCCUCAACCCGAACAAGAACGGCGUGCACAAUCCCGCCGUCCUCCGCACCGCCUCCGACUUCUCCGACCUCGAAGACAUGUACGGCGCCUCCAACCUAACCCCCUCUUCUUCUCCUUCUUCCGCACCCGGGUCAGGAGACACCACCACCCCUCCUAUACCCAUCAAGAUGAUCACCGCCGCGCCCGAAAUGGGCAACAUGACCGCCCUGAUCCCCGCCCUUACCGCUCGGGACAUCAUCGUCUCGAUCGGCCACUCGGACGCGAGCUACGAAGAAGCCUCUGCCGCCGUCGCCGCGGGAGCGACCAUGAUCACGCACCUGUUCAACGCGAUGCGGCCGUCGCACCACCGCGAUCCGGGCAUUUUCGGGGUUCUGGGCGUGGCGCCCGCCUCCGCCGCCGCCGCCGCCACUGACAACGACUACACGGAUGACGUCGACGACAACGUCCAUGAGGACAGAGGCAGUAGUAGUAGCAGCAAAAGGCGGGGGAAACUGGGGCGGCCCUACUUUGGCAUCAUCGCCGACGGGAUCCACCUGCACCCGGCCACCAUCAACAUCGCGUGGAACGCGCACCCGGACGGCUUCAUACUCGUGACGGACUCGAUGCACAUGGUGGGCCUGCCCGAUGGGCGGUACGAGUGGACCAACGGCGAAGGGGAGCACUUCAUUGUGAAGAAGGGCCAUGUGCUGCUGCUGGAGGGGACGGGGACUAUCGCGGGGAGUGCUGACCCUUCCCUCCGAAACAUCAGCUCCAUCACCUUGAUCGAGUGUGUCAACAAUUUCCUCAACUGGUCCGGAGUCACCAUCCCCCAGGCCCUCAAGGCUGUUACUGCCACGCCGGCAGCCAUGCUUGGCGUGGAAGGUGUCAAGGGGUGUCUUGAGCCGGGCGCGGAUGCGGAUCUUGUGAUCCUGUCCGAGGAGGCCUGCCGGGGCAGGAGGAGUCUUGUAGUGGAUGAGGUAUGGAAGUUUGGGACCAGAAUCUAUGAAAAAGGCAAUGCUUGAAGAGGACGGGAUCUUGUGAGAGCAGUGUGAUUGGAUUACGAUAGUAGAUUGAAUAUUGUCCGCCGGCAUUCGUAUCUCUCUUGGGGCUUAACUCGGAAACCAUUUUGAU